AUGGUUGACAAGGUUAAGCUCAACGAGCUGGUGGCCCAACUUCGCAUGGCCAUCCCACAGGAAAUUCGACACGCCGAGGAAAUGCUGUCCCGCAAGGAUGAGAUCAUGACGUCGGCGGCGUCUGAGGCGCACCAGACCCGUCAGCACCUGGAGCAGGAGUUCCGCAGCCGUCUCGGCGACCACGAGCUGGGUCGCAAGGCCGAGGAAAUGCUGCGCGAGGCCGAGGUCAAGGCACGUCGAAUGAUGCAGCAGGCCGAGGAGGACGCUGAGAAUCGCCGCAACCAUGCCGACGCCUACGCGCUGCGUACUUUGCGCAACCUGGAGCGCGACCUGGCCGCUGCCACCGGCUCAAUCCGCAAGGGCAUCGACGUGCUGGCCGGUUCUGCGCUGGCGUCCGCCGGAAACUCCUCCAUACCAUCGCCCGCGGAUUUCGCUCCGGAGGAUGCGGCCGAGCCAAGCGUUUUCAGGUAG